GCGAAUGGCGCGGCCAAAGCCAGGAUCCCGACGCGUGCUGAGCUUCAGGAGAUGGCUGCUUCCAAGCGCUUGGUGGACUUCGUUCGGGCCAAGAAGUGGCCCUCCAUCCUCUCUCCAGCUUGGGAGGGCCAGCGCUGGAGGAAGCUGCUGGAAGAGGUCGCCAAAGGCGCUUUGUCCGAGGCAGCCUUAGUGGACGAGGUGGUGCAGAAGCUGCGGAGGCAAGUUUCCGGGGAGAAGCUCACGAACUCGCGGCUUCAAAGAGCACAACGCCUGGCUGAUGAGAAAGAGCGCAUGCGACGUGAGGCGGAGCGUAUCAAGGCGGCGAAGUCGCAACACGCAGCCUUCCAAGCGACAUGGCAGGUACCAGGCUGUACAUGUGGCCAUCCGAUCCACACCGAGCGGUGCAAGCUGUUUCGUCCUCAUGCUGCCGAGACGGCCACGGCCGGUCCAAGUCGGCAUCCUGGUCAGCAGGAGCAGCAUGCAAAUGCAGAGCAGCCGCCGCCAUCUCUGCCGAGCCCCAUGUCGCAGUGGGCACAGAAGGAGGUCUCCCGGCUCGCCGCUGAGAUUGCUUUGCAGCCGGCCCUCGAGCAGAAAGUUCUCUGGAAGAAGGCGAUGCUGAGGUACCAUCCUGACAAGCGGCAGAUGCAGUCCGAGCUUGGUGCAGCCACGGCCACGGACAGGAUGUUCUUGAAUCCGAAGGAUUCGAGCUUCGAGCACACUGUGGGAGUAAUGGCAAGCCGCAACAUUCUACACUGCAGUAAAUAUGCAGACAUGCUUAACUUGGACUUGCACAUGAGCGCAAAACCCAUCCUCGUGUUUUACCACGUUCCUGGUGAUGGGGACGAGGCAGAGAUGCCGAAUGCUUUCCCAGUCUUAAAGGCUGAUGGACACAUCCUUCUGCAGGACAUCCGCAGCAAGUUCCCGCUUCCGGGGACGUAUCACUUCCGGUUUAAGAUGAGAUGGGGCCCAGACCCGGCGCAUGUUGCGUGGAUGGAUGUUACGAACGAGGCCGCACAGGUGCCGAUGUUCGACGGCCGGGUUGUGGCAAAGGUGACGCGUGUGUGCUGGGAGUCCAAGACGGACGUCGCAGCUUUGAAUGGUGUGGGCAAGCCGCAGGCAUCGCCCAAGCCACCGCCGGAUGUGCUUUCCUUCGACAGUCCGGUGGUGGCCCCAUCGGCAGCCCCAUCAGCGCCCUCGGCGCCGGUCGCAGGCUACGCUUCUGGUCCGACUCCCCAG